AUGGAACAAGCAAAGACUCCUCUGCAGGUGAUCGUGGUUGGUGCCGGCAUUGGCGGCAUGGCUGCGGCCCUGACCCUGGGUAUGCGAGGACAUCAUGUUACCAUCCUUGAGUCCGCUCCCAAGCUCAUGGAAGUUGGUGCUGGUAUUCAAGUCUCACCUAAUAUGCUGACGCUGUUUGACCGGUGGGGCGUGUCUCCGUUGAUCCACGCCCAAGAUGUUGCCCUCGAGCACAUCCAUGUAAGACGGUGGGAGGAUGGUAGCAUGCUCGGAACCUUGCCCGUGAACAAGACCUACGGCCAACAGACCGUCAUUCACCGCGCAGACCUCCACAAUGCCCUUAUUGAACAGGCGCUGGCGCUGUCGAAUGUGGAACUGCGUGUGAACUCAACGGUCACUGGAGUCCAGUUCGACCAGGCCGCGGUGCAAUUGGCCAACGGCUCCAUCGUUAAAGGAGACAUCGUGAUCGCGGCUGACGGCAUCAAGUCUGCCCUCCGCGAUCACUUGCUGGAAGAAGCAUCCGUCGCUAUCCCUACGGGUGAUGCAGCCUACCGGAUCAUGCUGCCCCGUAGCGCUCUAGAGAACGAUCCUGAGCUGAAGGCGCUGGUUGAUGAACCACAAGCCACUCGGUGGCUCGGACCUGGCCAUCAUAUCAUCGCUUAUCCAGUGCGAAACCAUGAUUUGUACAACGUUGUCCUGCUUCAUCCAGACAGCCAUUCUGUCGAGGAGUCGUGGACCACCAAGGGUUCCAAGCAGGCCAUGAUCGACAACUACAAGGGCUGGGACCGGCGCGUGACGAAGCUUAUCGACUUGGUGCCGGACGACGAAGUCCUGGAGUGGAAGCUGUGCCUACACGCCCCGCUAAAGACCUGGAUCAGGGGUUCCGUGGCUCUCAUCGGUGAUGCCUGCCACCCAAUGCUGCCAUACGUCGCUCAAGGUGCCGCCCAGGCCGUCGAAGACGCUGCUGCCCUUGGUGUCCUGCUCUCCACCAUCUCUUCCCGUGAUGAGAUCCCUCUUGCGCUCAAGGCGUAUGAGCAAUCACGGAAACCCCGCGCAGACACUGUCCAGCAAUCCGGGUCGGAAAACCGCAUCACGCUCCACCUGCCCGAUGGCCCGGAGCAACGCGCGCGUGAUGAGCGGUUCCGCUCCUCCCUGAAGAGCGGAUCCAACCCCGACCGGUGGACAGAUCUGGAAACCCAGAAGUUCCUCUGGGGUUGGGAUGCCGAGAAGGCAGCUCUGGAUGCAUGGAAUGAACUCCACGGCAACCACGUGUCCGAAUUGCGGCACCACCUGUGA